UAAAAAAAAUUGCAACCCUAGCUUCUCGAUGCUCUCCACCACCACUGCCGCCGACUCUCCCCUCCUCCUUUCUUCUAUCUAAUUCUAACCCCACAUCUCUCGAUAUCCUUCACCAAUGGCGGCCACAAUCUCCAACCUCUUACUAUGUCUAUUCCUCUCCCUCGCCAUUUCCCUCGCCCACGCCUCCAACCCCGACCUCGACUUGUACAUAACGGUGCCGAGCUUCUUCCGGUGUCCGAUUUCGCUCGACGUGAUGAAAUCCCCCGUCAGCCUCUCCACCGGCGUCACCUACGACCGCUCCAGCAUCCAGCGCUGGCUCGACUCCGGCAACAAUACCUGCCCGGCGACGAUGCAGGUCCUCGACACCAAGGAGUUCGUCCCCAACGCCAACCUCCACCGCCUCAUCCAGACCUGGUCCAGCCAAAACCGCCACAAUCCGCUCGACGACUCCUCGGCCUCCUCUGCCGAGUCGGCAUCGCCGCUCUCGCUGGACAAAAUCCAGCUCGUCGUCAAGGAAAUCGGAGGCGAGGAGAAGGAGUCCGGAAGAAAUUGCUCCUUCGACGACCUGUCAAAAAUCGCGUCUUUUGCCGAGGAAUCCAGCGAGAAUCGGAGGUUCCUGGCGAAGAUGGACGAAUUCGUCACAAUGCUCGCUGCUCUGAUUCAUUCGGAUGACAAGGAUCUUUCCCCGCCGGUGGUGGAGCUUGCGGUUAGGGUUUUGGAUUCGGUGUCGACCGAAUUUGGGGAUUUUCACGAGCUGAAGAGAUUGUUACUGAUUCCAAAGGAGAAAUCCCCCAAUCCGCUGCCGUCGUCGCUCGUCCGUGUCAUGAAACAGGGGAGCCGGCCAUAAUCGCGAAUCGCAACGGUACGGAUCAUCCAAUCAAUCGCCAUCGACGCCGAAUCGAAGCUCGCUAUGGCGGAAAGUGACGGAUUACUGCUCCACCUAGUCAAUUCCAUCGCUCCACGGACCGAUCUGCCUCUCAUCGACGCCGUCCUCUCCGCUGGUCAAGUCAGUUUUUUGUUUUUCAAUUGCAGGGUAGAUCUAUGUUUGACUUGAGUUCUCGCUUCAAUUUUUCUCCAUUUAUGGAUUCUGAAUUGGCCACCGUCGCCGUGGCAAUGCGAAUCGAGACGGUGGUGCUACCGCUGGAGAGGUGGUUGGGAGAGGAGAGGGAAAGGAGGAGGAAGAGGAAGCGAAGAGAGAGAUGAUUGGAGGAGGAGAGGGAAAGGGAUUUGAGCAGAAGAUGUUGCGGGGGAGGAGAGCUAGAAUUUUUUUUUUAUAAUUUCAAAAUUAAUUAUUAUUGUAAUUCAAAAUGACAUGGGAAUGAUUUGAUGAUUGGUCGCUGACGUGUCCAACGAUUUGGCAUCCUAGUCAGCCUAACGUUAAUCUAACUGACGGAGUUUCUAACACCGUUAAAGUUUCUAACGGAUUUGGCUAGAUUUGUCACACUACCUUUAGUUUUUUGGGCUAUUUUUGGUUUUCGAAUAGUUAUGGCUAUAUUUGUUAAAAGUGUGAAAGUUAUGGCUAUACAAGUGUAUUUUGCCAUUAAUUCAGUACAUUUGACUCCAAUUUAUUUGAUAUUAAUACAAUUGGAUGAGUUGUUACAAAAUUACCAUUUAAUAUCUAUAAUUUAUAUAUGUUAAUCCAGGAUCUAAAAUCUAUAUUUUUAACAAAAUAAUAUCGUUUGAAAAAUACGUCUGAUACCUAAAACUUUAAGAUCUAGACUUUUCAAAUUUUAAAUAUUGCUCCAAUUUUAGAUGUCACUUGGAUCCAUAAUCCAAUCCACUAAUCCAUUUGCCACCUCAAAUUGUGCUUGGUCAAUCAUGAUCUCCAACUAAAGUCAACAUAUAUAUUUUUUAAUAUAGGCAAUGAAUUGAGAAAUUUAAAAAAUAAAAAAUUAUUCUUGUUGAAGAAGGAUGAUGUGACAUUUUUGUUGACGGCCACAUCAUAUUAUUUAUUUCAUCACAUCACAACAUCCACCAACUCACCAUCAUUUAACGAAAAUGUUAACGGACACUUAAUGAUUGACUAUUAUUAUGUAUUUCCAAAGAUUGGGCUAAUAUUUUACGAAAUGAAAAAACUAUUUGGCUAAUAAAUCAUAUUUACAAUAGAAAUUAUUUGAAACACAAGAAAAUAGGAAAUUACAAAUUUGUGCUGGUAAGAUCGCGGUUAAUAGCUUUUGGAUAAAAAAAACUUUAAUGGUGAUAAUGUUUCCAACUUGAAAUUCAAAACGAAGCUACUCGAAGUGAAACUUGAGUCAAAAAAUCGCACAAACGGUUACAGAAGCGAACAACGAAGUCGCCGCAAUCGGUAAAAAACUUUAAUGGUGAUA